AUGCGGAAUACUAACCGAAAUUGCCCCCUUUCCCCCCUUCCCCGUUUCACUCAUCCCCUUUCCGCUCACCCGCUCCUCCCUUUGAGCCGGUUCUGUGUAGUGUCAAACCGUUCCCCGUCGCAUUCCCCCCUCCCCAUCUUCUCCUUUCCCACACACACCGUCCUCCCCUCAGUCUCACUCUCCUCCCUCUCCACUGGCAGGCUGCUGACGCUGGACUGGCUCACAUUGCACUGGCAGGCAGUCACCCAGUCGGGCGAUCAGCUGCAGCUGGCCCUCGAGGCGAAGAAAGGCACUCCGGCGGCCGCGAGCUGGUUCGCCGUGGGGUGGUCGCAGAGCGGCAAGAUGGGCGGCAGCAAUGUGAUUGUAAUGGAGGAUGUUGGCUCGGCUCCGGGCGAAUACGAUCUCGAAAGUGAUCCCUUAUACACGGCGAAGGCCGUCGAUGCUUCGUGGUCGGCGAGCUCGUCGAGUGUUACGGAGAGUGACAAAUCUGUUGUACUACAGUAA